AUGAAUACCAUUUCUCAUCCGUUUAUAAAACCAAAAUUCCCUCCAAUCAUUAAUUUGCGAGAAUUAAUUACAAAGCAAGUUUCCACAGAUCCUAGUAAAAAUAAUUCGGGUCGUGCCCCGAAUGCUUUCAUCAUAUAUCGAAAAAUUUUCGUGGAGACCGCAAGAAAGGAUGGAUAUCAAUUACCAAUGACUGUCGUAUCUUUAAUGGCCUCACAAUCUUGGGAAUUGGAACCAGAUGUGGUGAAAGAAGAGUACAAAAGGUUGGCAAAGGAAGCAAAUAUUAUUAGGAAUGAGAUCAUUCCUAAAUCAAGUCGUCGAAGAAAAAGAGAAAAGUGGAAUAUUGUUUCUUUUCCGAAUACUUCUUCUACUUGUAAAGCUCCUAUUGUCGUUAAAUCAAAGUCAACUAUCAAAAAAAAGCAACAAAUGACGGUUAACUCGAUUAAACAAGUUGAAAUACUUUCGCCAACCUCGCCAGUUUCUCCAUUUGAAUUUGAGAGUCCAAAGAUUACCUUUGACAUCCCUUUCGAUAUUGUCUCUCCUAUAAUCGAUCGAUUUCUUGAUUCCGAUUCGGUACCUGACGAUCCCCUCCAAAAUAAUCCUCCAAACACUCGAGACAAAUUUAACCUCCAACAAUCAACCGAAUUUAACAAAGAAUCAAUAAUCGGAGAACAAAACGUGAACAAUUCAAUCGAUUCGCUUAUCAUUCAACGUGAUAAUAUCGGUUAUAUUUAUAAUGAAUUUGAGUUUGAUUCUCAAGGAUUCUCGUCGUUUAAUGAUGAUGAUACGAUUUCUUAUCCAUCUUUUUGGUCCGAAUUUUAA